AUGAGUCUGCAAUUCACCACUCUCGAUGUUUUUACCACCACCGCCUUUGAGGGUAACCCUUUGGCAGUGGUGACGAUACCCCCACCAAGCCAGCAGGCUCCCCUCACCCAAUCUCAAAAGCAACGAAUUGCGCGCGAAUUCAACCUCUCUGAGACUGUCUUUGUGCAUGAUGUUGAGAAUCGUGGUGAUACGGAUGAGAGAAAGAUUGAUAUCUUUACUCCGCAGUUCGAAUUGCCAUUUGCGGGGCAUCCGACUAUCGGCACAGCUAUUUUUCUUCAGCCGCAGGGCGUAAAGAAAAUGAUUGCACAGGCGGGCAAGAUUGACCUUGAGUUCGAAAAUGGUUCUGCGCGUGCUUUAAUUCCACAUGAUGUCCGACUGCACAAGGGGAGAGUGCCAAAACAUGGUACUCGAGCUGGUUGGGAUGACAAACUCGCGCAGGUAGCUGCCGCUGACGAGGGCUCACCGGUGUUCAGCAUCGUCAAGGGGAUGACUUUCGCGCUUGUGGAACUCCCAUCUCUUGAGCUGCUCGGCGCUGCCAAGGUUGGGGCUAUGGGUGACAUCGACGGCAACUUGCAGGAUGACGGUUGGAAACAUGACUUUGACUCAAGACGCUACUACUACACGCUUCUCAACGGCGAGACACCAUCCGGUGGGAAAUUUGUCCAAAACCUUCGCACGAGACUUGUGAAGGGAAAUAUGGAGGAUCCUGCUACUGGGAGUGCCGCAUGCGCGUUGUCUUGCUACUUGGCGUUGCACAAGCUUACUGCGAGCUCGAUCAGGUUCAAUAUCACGCAGGGUGUUGAGAUGGGGCGGGAGAGUCUCAUCGUGGUAGAUGUUGAGGUAGAGACGGAUGGAGCUGGAGAGAGAAAGGUCAAGAGUGUUCACCUUAGUGGAAAGGCGGUCGAAGUCAUGAAGGGCACCGUUAGGGUGCCUCAGUGA